AUGGACAACAUGAACUCCUUUGUGGAAUACUCCAUCUGUAACCGACCGGGGACCGGCGCCUACUCUGCGCCUAAAUCUGGAUACCACCACCUGCACCACCACCACCUCCCUCUGGAGCAGAACCAGGCCUUCCCGGUGACCUCCGGUGCCUUCCAUGCGGGCCUCACCGGCUCCCAAGUCUCCGUUAACGGGACGAGAGGUGACAGCAGCGCCGGGGGAGCCGGUUACAGCACGGAUGGACGGAUGUACGGGAGCACCGGGCAGGACACCGGCGGCGGAGGAGCGAGUCAGCAUCAUCAGCAUCCUCCUCCUCAUCACGACCAGCAGCAGCAUCAGCACAGCAGCUACCACCACCUCAACCUCCACCAGAACCAGAGCCUGCAGAGCGGAAUACUGUGUCCUUAUAAUACCGCCAGCGGGAACACCGGGGCCUACGCGGCUCAAGCGUGCGCCACAAACUCCGAGUACGUUCCCUCGGUGGGUCCUCCCAGUUCCGUUCACCCGCAGUAUUUCGUGGAGGAGUCUGUGGCCUCCACCUACUAUCAUCAAUCAACCUUCCCCAGCUCGGCCCCCACCGGGCCCAGCUACGGGGCCCUAGCUGGGGCCUACUGCGGGCCUCAGGGCGCUCUGGCCGGGUCACAGUACCCGCAGCAGGUCGGCGGGGGCCUGGACGCAGCGGGCUACCUGGGACUGCCACACGGGGGAGGGUACGGGGAACUGCCGGUGUCUCAGGACCGGGAGAGGGAGGAUGAGGAGGGCCAGCAGGCCGGGCAGGGCCAGACCUUCGACUGGAUGAAGGUGAAGAGGAACCCACCGAAGACAGUCAAAGUCUCGGAUUUCGGCCUCGCGGGCGCGAACAACAACGCCAUGCGCACCAACUUCAGCACGCGGCAGCUGACGGAGCUGGAGAAGGAGUUCCACUUCAGCAAGUACCUGACGAGGGCGCGCCGCGUGGAGAUCGCGGCCACGCUGGAGCUGAACGAGACGCAGGUGAAGAUCUGGUUCCAGAACCGGAGGAUGAAGCAGAAGAAGCGCGAGCGGGAGGGCGCCUCCGCCACCGCGCGCCCCUCCUCCUCCGGUACCGGCGGCAAAGAGCUGGAGGACACCGACCACUCCUCCACGUCCACGUCUCCAGGCGCGUCCCCGAGCUCGGAGACGUAACGUAGACGUGACUGGUGAUCCACUAUUUAAUGCGUUUCUUCUUCCAUUCAGAGCGUCUUUGAGGAAAUGCGCCUUUAACGGACAGAAUCUGCUUCGGCUGCUGAUUUCCUACAUCUCCCAGAAUUCCUUACGGCCCUCUGCAGUUGCACAUUUAGCUGGAGGAACUAGUUUGUGACACACCUCAAUCAGAUGUUUCCUGUUUGGUAUAAAUGCUGCUUCUGUGGGGUCUUCAGAUACAUGAUCUACAAA